AUGGCCACCCCCCUCGGCGACCCAUCCCUCGUCGGCGGCACUUCCGACCCCACCAAAGCAUCAACAUGGACCUACCUCCCUGAAGGACCCUAUCCAGAGACCAACUUCGACAAAUUCUACACCUCAGUAACUACCAAAUGCAGCUCCACCGACCCACUCUUUUACGCCAUCGUUGACAAAAGCCAAAAGGUUCUGGGCUGGAUUACCUUAAUGAGCAUCGUGCCUGAGCAACUAAGGCUCGAGAUCGGGUGGGUGCUGUUCUCGCCUGCACUGCAACGCACGACGGGUGCGACGGAGGCGUCGUAUCUACUGCUGAAGUAUGCGUUCGAGGAGCUAGGGUAUCGGCGCGUGGAGUGGAAGUGCAAUGCGCUGAAUGAGGGGUCGAAGAGGGCAGCGGAGCGGCUUGGGUUUAUGUUUGAGGGGGUGUUUAGGCAGCAUAUGGUGGUUAAGGGGAGGAAUCGGGAUACGGCUUGGUUUUCGAUGUUGAAGGAGGAGUGGGAUUCUAGAGGGGUUAAGGAGGCGUUGGAGGGUUGGCUUGCGGAGGAUAAUUUUGAUGAGUCUGGGGCGCAGAAGAGGGGUUUGGAGGGUAUUAGGGAGGAGAUUCUAGGGAGGAAUAGUAAGAAUUAA